GUUAUUGCCCAAGUGAAUGUCGAUGUUUGAUGACGUUUUCAUCGCGUCAGGAGGAGCCUGCCUCACCCGGAAGCGAGUGUCAAAAACAGGCAGACAUCGUUUUAGAAUGACUGAAAAGGCAGAUUCUCCACAAGCAAGAACUGUUCUUCAGCAGUGUCUCUAUGCAAGGCUUCAAGUCAAACCUGCAGAUGAUCAGUCUGAGGCUGAAUGGGUGGAGAUUGACAGAGGGAUGGUGGUAUAUAUCUGCUUUUUCAAAGGCGCUACAGAGGACAUUAUCACCAAAAUGGUGAACACUCUGCUCAACUUGAAGCUGUGUGAGGCUGACUCUGGGAAGUAUGUGUCAGUGCUGGAGUUGCCUGGGAGCGUCCUCAUCGUGCCUCAGGCUACACUGGGAGGCAUGGCCAAAGGGAAGGGCAUGCAGUACCACAAUAACAUUAGGAAAGAAGAGGGCCUGCAGCUGUAUUCUAACUUUGUCUCCCUCUUUGAGAAGGAACUGGCUUUGUCCAGUAAGAGUAGUGAGACUGGAACCAUCGUCAAACAUGGAACUUAUGGGAACAGACAAGUGCUGAAGCUGGAUACCAACGGUCCAUACACACACCUGAUGGAGUUUUGAAACUUCCAAUACUAAUUACAUUUCACAGUAAAUGACCAAUUGCACUCUUGUCCCUGAAAUGGUGGUACUGUAUGCAUAGAUCUGAUUAAAGGUGCCAAUAGUUUUUAUUAUAA